AUGCAAAAAACAAAAUCUUACGAUGAAAUUUCGUUAUCUCAAUUAUCAAAAGAAAUUGAUGAAACUUCCAAUGAAAAUUAGCCGAUGCUCAUUUAUUUAGAUGGUCCACAACCAUCUUAAACAGAUAGUUUAGAUUUAGUUUUAUAAUGUCUUCCAAAAACAAAAAAAAGAAUCGCAAGAAGAAAAAAAUGUGAUUUUCACACAAAGAAAAGAAAAAAAAUGAAUAAAAAAAAUCUAAAUUUUGAAAAACACACUCCAUUUACUUUUGAGGAAGAUGAAAAAAUCUUAAAUCUUGUAAUAGAGCAUGGUCCAAGAUUUUAAAUAAUUUCUAAGUUUUUUUUAGAUAGAAGUUAAAAUGCUGUAAAAAAUAGGUAUUAUAAGUUUUUACGAUAUAAUUGGGACUUAAUCCUUGGAAGGUAAACUUACAUAUUAUUUUUAUAGUAAUUAUCAACAUUUUAAUUAUGUUAUUGAGGACGACAUCCGAUACUAAGAAAAAAGUGAAGAAUUAAACAAUUUUUUAGAAAGCAUGAAUUUGUAUCCAGAAGUAACAAAUAUAAUGCGUAACCUUAUUACUCAAGUUGAUAAUCAUUUUAAAUGA